UUUCAUUCUAAGCUCUUAGUCACCAGUCAAGAUCCAACAAUGUUGCCAAACAGAGCGUUUCGGUUGUUGCUUAUCGCUGCAAUUUUGUUUGUUUCAACAUCUGCCAAUACAGUUGCUCCAAAUAAAGGACUUUACCCAAGCCUCAAGGGUGUAAACGCAUCCAGAGCAGGAGUAUGCACCCUAGAAGUCCCAACCAUUGACCUGAUUAGUCCCGAAGAUCGCGCCUCAGGGGUGCGACCAGAAGGAAACGGUACCAGACCCGGCUUCAGCAAAAUCGACAUUUGUUGCUCAGGAUGGGCCCGCAAGCCCCACACCCAUUUCGAGUGCGAGCCAGUGUGUGACAACGGGUGUCCCAAUGGUAACUGCACGGCACCCAACGUGUGCAGCUGCAGACGUGGCUACGUCAAAGACGUCCUCGGGAAUUGCAUCCCGACGUGUCCCAUUGGGUGCCUGAACGGCGUCUGUACCACCGGUGGGAUUUGUUCGUGUAAUGCAGGGUUCCAGUCCAGUCCAGACGGGAAGUUCUGUACUCCAGUGUGUACGGGCGGGUGCGGACCUGGAGGCGAAUGCGUGGGAGCCGAGUCUUGCCGGUGUCGAACGGGCUUCUCCCUGAGCCGCAACACCAACAAAUGCGAAUACCACUGCGAAGGCGGCUGUGGGGGCGGCACGUGCAUCGGCCCCAACAAAUGCUCCUGCAAGCCUGGGUUCAAAAUGGUUCAAAACUCCUGCGUGGCUGAGUGUCCGCGUGGAUGCAAGAACGGGCGUUGUACGGGUCCGGGUGUCUGUAGUUGCGAAUCUGGAUGGACCCUGGAUAAAACGGGUACAAUUUGCGAGCCCCAUUGCCGGGACCCUUGUCUCAACGCGGAGUGCACUGCCCCCAAUACCUGCACUUGCAAGAAAGGGUACGUCGUGGACCCGACGAACCCUCAGAGCAACCGAUGCGUCGCUCACUGUCCCGGAGGAUGCGAAAAUGGUUCUUGUACCGCCCCCAACUUCUGUAUUUGUAAUCCUGGGUUCGUUAAGGAGGCGAAGGGGAGCAAUAGGUGCGUGAGGAGGCUGAAGAGGUCGCCGCUGAUGCAUUUUGAGCUGAUUCCUGAGCAGAUCGAGAACUAAGUAGGAAGGAGUGGUGUGGUUCAUGGAAUGAACCUUUUUCUAAAUGUGUGUUGUACCAAAAAAUAUAGUAGUUGUAGAAGCA